AUGGCUGAAAAAUUGGUAGAAGUCUUGGUGGAGUAUGUACAACAGAGACAAAUAGCAUCUGAUAAGGGAGACGGCCAAGCAAGGAAGAGUGAAUUCAGUGAUAUGCUCUGGGAGGACAUACAAAAACUAUUCACGGAGCUGACUAAUAAAUUGAAAGAGAAGGAUAUUAUGGAGAGUGCGCUGUGCCAGGCACUCUAUGGGAAAGCCACGAAGUUCGUACUACAGAGGAUGCUAUGCCGGUACAUCGUGAAAAUAUUUGUAUACAUGGAUGGCACGGCAGAAGUAGUCACGGGUGGGACAAAACUAAAUGCCGAGCAGAAGAGCUGGAGGGACUAUUUCAAAUGUGUGGUAGGGAAUGUGACAUUAAUAAAGUUAUUUGAGAAGAACUGUGCAGCAACGGAAAUUAUAAAUCAGGUCUCAGGGGCCAUGAGUACCAUAGCUACGACAUUUGGGGGGAAGAGUAAUAGCAAACAAUGUCAGGGCCUUGAUUAUGAUAGCCUCAAAAUUGGCACGAAGUUUGUGGCCGGAACGAUGGGUGAAUGGAUAAAUAAGUGGAAAAUAACAUCCGUUGGAGGGUUAGGUGGGUCACGAGCAACCACCUCAUGUAGUGCAGCAGGAAGUAUAACGAAGGCGACAGCGACGACAGAUAGUGAAGACGCGCAUGUAGUGAAACUGUUGAAGGACAGCACUGCACGAGAUGUAGCGCGGUUAAUACAGAAAGAGGCGACAAUAACGGCACACGAGAGAAAAACAAUAAUGGACGCCGCGAGGGAUGCAGGAACAGCGACAACUGUACUGGACGCAGUAAUGCGUGAAAUAGAACGCAAAGCGAACGACCACGGAGGGGACAUUCAGGUGCAAGAUCAUAGCGCCUCCAUACACGCAACCGGCACAACACCACCGGCACCGUCAGAACAGCACCACAGCGGCACAUCUACGCUGCCCCACUUCGUUGAACACAUCAUCGUUGAGCAGAGCACAGCGCUACACUUCGAUGACGUUGCGCGCUUCUCUGCCCCACUUCGCGUGAGCGGCGACGAGUGUAGGCGAGGUGUGCGCGGCGGAACAGCAUGUAGCGGCGACGACGCACCGGACGACGGUAGCGGCAGCGGCGGCGAUGGCAGACGCCGACAAAUAAAAGUUGUACUGCUAGCAACUAGCCCAAUUUCACCGACAGACAAGGAAAAAAAAGACCAGGGUACAGGAAGCGGCACAUCAUCAGACAGAGUAUCCGCAAACCCAGGGCACGCAUCAGUAGGCAGGACAGAUAUAACAGCCGCAGGAGGAGCAGGGGGACCAGCACCACAACCCCCACCUGCGGCAUCCUCACCUCCCUCAGGGAAAUCAGGCGGUGCAGAGGCAGGAGCAACGGAAGACCACGGUGCUACGGGCGUUGCAGGAGCACCGGCAUCAACGGACACAUCAGGUGAGGCUAAAUGUAAGGCGGGUAUGGGGCAGGGCCCACAGAGCUCGGGUGCAGUUGUUAUAAGUAGCGGAUGCACAUCGGGCGAAGCCUUAGGAGAAAUAUCGGGCCUUACGGACAAAGCGGACUCCAAACCCACGCAUCCUGAUAACGGUAAGGAGAAUGUAUCAAAAGCGGAUGAGAAGACUACUGUGGAGAACACACCUCCAACAGGCCCAGAUCCCGUGCAGCUCAGUGAACCCAGUAGCCCCAGUACACCGGGGUCCCCGGAUGCCCCUGACGUAGGUACCAAGACAAAGGGGCGUGAACCACCUGAUGGUAAAGCUAACCCAGAUGCUCAGAAUGGACAUGUGCAACCUAACGAGGACAAAGGGGGGAAGAGUAUUACACAAACGGACUCAGAAAAAGUGACUUCCAUCGGACAGCAGGAUCCAUCCGGUGGCACAGGUACCAGUGAUGGUGGUAUCAGUACUACUGUAACCUGUUUACCCGGGAUUACUGAUACAACAUGUAAUAUUGUGAACGGUGCCUCCACUCCCAGUAAUGAUAAUAGCAGCACUCCUACAGGCGGUGUGUCCUCUGCUGGAGGUGCACCUCCUAACCCUGUAUCGGGUACUGCUUCAGGUUCCCCUGCUCCAUCCACCCCAGAUGGUGCGGACAAGAAAAAUAAGCCCCCUCAGGAUUCACCUGAUCUUGACCUAAAUACUCUUGGUGCCGCCGGAACAGGUAAUCCUGGCGGAUCCCAUGCACUAUGGACGCCAAGCGAUGGAUUAAAUGGGCAACCAGCACAAUCAGGUCCUUUACCUGGCCCAGAGGACAAAAUCCCAGGUGAAACUACAGAUGGCAGCGGCCCCUACCCACCUGACCUAACCGGUGUUGUCCUUACCGCCACUACUCCGAUCCUGUUUACUUUGCGUACCUCGGACAAAAACGACGACGAACAUAUCGAACCGUUCGUGACGUGCCGUCACCGCCACUCGACGAAGACAUAUUGCAGCAUCUACAACGCGGCGAACUACCGCCACCCUAUUACGGGUACACAAUGGCGCACGAUUAUCGAGCUACAUCUAGAGGUGCUCCACGAAUGUGAAGCGGCCGCUUGGGCAAACGUCAAAGACGACUAUUUGCACAUACUCGUUGAAGAGUUUAUGCGGGGCAACAACGGACAUAGUAGUACCUCGGAUCCCCCUACCACAAACCAUGCUUUACCAGGGAACCAUGUUUCAUUCACCGUGGAUCCACCCAGUGACUCGCAUGCAACGCACCCUUGUGCACCGCAUGACUGCGAUCCAUGGAAGUGUAUGGAAACCAUACAGAUAGAAACGGACCGUUCUCCACCUAACGAAGAAGACCCAUGGAGUUGUAUGGAAACUAUACAAUUACAAACGGACCCUUGUCCACCGAAUGAACACCACCCCGAUCCUUGGAGUUGUAUGGAAAACAUACAGUUAGCAACGAACCCUUGUCGCCCUAACGAAGAGGACCGAUGGAGUUGUAUGGAAACUACACAGUUAGAAACGCAUCCUGGUCCACAUAAUGAAGAUGACCCAUGGAAUUGUAUGGAAACCACACAGUUAGAUGCAACACAGAGUCGUGCUCAUUCCAACCACGGUGACGCGACCCCCGACCACACUAAUUGGAUUAACUGGAUUGACCGCAACAAGCACCUAUUGCGCGCGUGCACGGGGCAAACGUGGUUUCAUGCCCUCAAAUCGGAAUGGAAACAAUACCUGCGUCAACAUGCGCAAAACGCAGCAUCCGGUGAGCACAGGAAAGCCGCAACCAUGGAAAGGAAGAAGUUGGAUGCAUGGAAAGAAUGGGUUGCACAGCAACAUCGGCAAAUGAAUGUACAUAGCGCCGAGGAGUGGUUCCACCAUUUGUUGAAUAGUGUAGAGGAGGCGACAGUAUCUCACAGAGGCGAAAUACCUCGAGUAGAACAACACUUAGAAGUGGAAACACUAAUGGGCACAGAAGAUAUGCUCAGAGUGAGAGAUGUACCACGGUCCCAACCACUGCAUCCACAACUGUACCUCCCCAAGCCGCUAAGCACUAAAAUAUGGAUACUGAUCCUGGCAUUAGUCAUAGAACAGUGCGAGCGCGAAUGCAGUUUGCAGGAGAAGGAGUUAUAUGUGGAUGCUUUAUUACAGCAUAUGCGACAUUAG